AUGAAAGUCCAAAAAGUGAUUGAGGAGUCAAACAGUCCUUGGGUCUCUCCAGCGGUUAUGGUGAAAAAAAAGGAUGGAACUAUAAAGUUUUGUGUUGACUUCCGAAAAUUAAAUGCAGUGACUAUUAAAGAUUCUUUUCCACUGCCAAGGAUCGACAAUAUUUUGGACUGUUUAAAGGGGAAUUCAUGGUUCUGUACUAUUGACUUAAAAAGUGGAUAUUGGCAGGUAAGCCUAGAUCCUAAAGAUCGUGAAAAAACUGCGUUUUCGGUUGGAAACGGUUUGUGGCAGUUCACAGUAAUGCCUUUCGGUCUUUGCAACGCCCCUGCUACAUUCGAACGAUUAAUGGAAAAAGUAUUAAAAGGUUUAAUCUCAAAGACACUGAUGCCUCAAAUCAUGGCAUUGGGGCGAGGAAAGGUUCACAAUAAUGCCGACGAACUUUCUAGACGUCCAUGUCUGGAGACUUUAUGCCGGUAUUGCAUAAAAGUAGAAUCUAAUGAAGAAUCUUCAAAGGAGGAAAUUUUUGGACGUCUGGUCUUUUCAAGUGAGAAUUUUCAAGAGUGGCGUGCAGCUCAACUCCAAGAUGCAGUUGUUUCUAAAAUUGUUCAUUUCAAGGAGGCCGGAACUCGUCCAGAUUGGCAGGAGAUUGCUUCUGGUGAUCCUUCUUUGAAAAUCUAUUGGUCUUAUUGGGAUACUCUAUUGCUGAUCGAUGGAGUUCUUCAUAAGAAGUGGAUUUCCCCGAAUUUGCAAAAGAAUAUCUUUCAAAUUGUGGUUCCUCGUCAAAGAAUACAUGAAAUCUUAAACAAGAGAGAUGUAGAGAAUUGGUGUGCUUCUUGUAAAGAAUGUGUUGCUAAAAAAGGACCACUAGGAAAAGGAAAAUCUCCUAUGGAAAUCUAUAAUGUGGGAGCUCCUUUUGAAAGAAUACAAGUGGAUAUUCUUGGUCCUUUACCAACUUCUUCUUUUGGGAAUAAAUACCUUUUGGUGGUAGUGGAUUGUUUCUCCAAAUGGCCAGAGGAUAUCCCUUUAAAGAAUAAAAGGGCCAGCACUGUCGCGAGAUCGCUUGUGGAUCAGGUGUUUUCACGUCAUGGAAUUCUCUUGGAAUUACAUACAGACCAAAGAAGGAAUUUUGAAUGUCAUCUUUUUAAGGAGAUGACUUUACUUCUCGGAAUAAGAAAGUCACGAACAACUCCUCUUCAUCCUCAAUCGGACGGACAAGUCGAGCGUCAACAUCGCUCGAUCUUAAAUUAUUUGGCAAAGUUUAUUUCAGAAAAUCAAAAGGAUUGGGAUCGUUGGAUUUCGUUAUAUCUUUUAGCUUAUCGUUCUUCGAAACAAGAAGCUAUUGGAAUGUUUCCUGCUGAAAUGUAUUUGGGACAAGAUCUUCGUUUACCCCUGGAUCUGCUUAGAGGAGUUUCCCCUUCUACGAAGGAGGAGAAGGAUAGUGCGGGUUUUGUUUCCAAGUUAAGACAGAGACUAGAUUCCAUUCAUCAUUUCGCUCGACAACGUCUUUUGAUUAGUUCAAAGAAUGCCAAAUUUUGGUAUGAUCAACGAGCAAGGCGAAAAAACUUUGAGCCUGGACAGCAAGUUUGGUUUUAUAAUCCUCGGCGGAUUCCAGGAAGAGCACCCAAGUUGCAGAGUCCUUGGGAAGGACCAUGGAAAGUUGUACCCGCCGAAAUAGUUAGAAAAACAAUAUUUGUUGCAGAAUCUGGUUUAAUUUCUGAAACUAUGUCAGGACAAUGUCGUAAACAAUCCACUCCACAAAUCUAA